CAAGCGGCGAAAGGCAGCCCCAACGCAAUGCCCGUGCCCAACCCGAGGCAGAGUAUAUACGCCCUGCGCGGCUGGAUCGACCGCAUCGAGCAGGACGCCCGCGCCGAUGCAGCUAAGAAGUACGGCACCCUCGACGAGGCCAAGCCGGCGACGCCGCCCGAGGCCGCGAACCCGUGGGGCGCCGGCGAGGUCUCCAUCCGCCUUACGCCGGAGCACGGCUGCGCGAGCGGCCCGCCCACGCGCGGGUCCGUCGUGACGCCCUCGCCGACGGAGGCGCCGCGGCCCUCACCGCCAGAGGCGGCGCGUGCACCGCUACGGAGCGAGCGCGCACCGCAGCGCGAGUGCGAGCGUGCACCGCUCCGGAGCGAGCGCUCACCGGCGGAAGAGCGGCGCGCACCGCAGCGCGAGUGCGCGACACGGGACUCCGACGACGCCGUCGCGGCGGCGCACGCGCGGGCCCAACGCUACGAGGCAGAACGACGCGCCGAGCCCGCGUGCGCGCGGCGGCCCGAGCUGCGCGAGUGCGCGCCGCGGCCUGACAAACCUACAAACUUGCGCGCGUCCGCGCCGGCCGGCGGCGCGCCCGGCUCGCUCGACGAGGCGCGGCGGUUGCUGAAAGCCUGGUCAUUCGUCGAGGAAGAGGCCCAGCGGCGGCGCGCCCGGGCGCUGCGGCGGUCGCCGUCCCCGGAAGCGCCGGUACAACGACGGCGGGCGCCGAAGCCGCGCUACAGCGAUCCCGAACCGGAACCGCGGCCGCGCGCGCGGCGGCCGCCGGAGCCGCGGAGCCCGCCUGCGGUCGCGCGGUGGGGCGGGCCGCCGCCGCGGAGCCCGCCGCCUCCGCUCCGGCGCGAGGCGAGCCACGCGACGAUGGGCCGGCCGCCCCAACGGGCGCGCGCGCCGCCGCCGCCCCGGGCGCCCGCGCUGCGCGUCGGGCGCACGCCCUCGCCGGCCCCGCCGCCGCCGCCGCCGCGCCGCCGCCGGCCCGCGGCGCCGCCCGUCGCGGUCCCCGCGCGGCCUCGGAUUGAUAUGAAGGACCGCCACCUGCGCGCGGCCGAGCGGCGGCGCGCCGACGCGCUCGUCCAGCGCGAGCGCGCCGAGGCGAAGCGGUUGCAGCGAGCGGCCGAAGCGGAGCGCCGGCGCAACGAGGCCGAGGCCGCGGAGCGCCGCGACAACCAGCAGCGCCUGCGGGAGGCGCGCCAGCAGAAGCAGGCGGCGCUCGACGCGUUAGAAAGAGAGCGCGACCGGCGGCGCCGCGACGCCGUUGAAAGGAAGCGCCGCGCCGUCGAAGACAAGCGUCGGCACGAGGCGAGGGAGCGCGCGGCCCUCGAGCAGCAGCGGCGCGGUAUGAUCCUCGCGAAGCGGUUCCGCGCGGACCGCGUCGCGAUACUAUUAGCGAGGAUCGUGCGGGUGUGGGGCUCGUACGCGUGCAGCACCGCGCACCGACGGCGCCAGGCCGAUCGGAGAGGGAGAAGGCUGCGCGAGCGGUUCCUGCGGGCGGCGCCCUUCCGCCGGUGGGCGGCGUUCACGCGGAACGCGAGGCGGGAGCGGCACGCGUUCGCGCAAGAACGGUUGCUGACGAAGCCGUUCCGCGCGUGGGCGGCGUGGGUCGCGUCCAAGAGAAUGGUUUUGAUGCGCCUGGCGACGCUCUAUGAGUUCGGGGGCCUGUCGAAAGCGUGGAAGGUCUGGGCGCGGGCGACGGUCGUUUUGCGACGACGGUCCGAGUACGACCGCCUGCAGAGUCAAUUAAGGCGCGACCGCGUCAACGAAGCCAAGGCGGAGCGCCACGACGAACGGCGGCUCGCGGCGAAGGCCUGGCGCGCCUGGGUGGUCUCAAUGGCCGGCGCGUCGUCGCUCGCGAAGGUGCAGCGGCGGCAGAAGGUCGCGGCGCCGACGCGACCGGCGCGCGCCGCGCCGCCGCCGCGGAGUGCGCCGCCGCCGGUCGCGGAAAGACGGCGCGCGGCGCCGAACCGCGUCGCGCCCACUUUGGAUGAGAGACACAAGCAGCGCCAGGAGACGCGGAGGGCGCUCGCCGAGCGGACGAACGCGCGGCUCGCCGAACGACGCCAGCGCGAGGAGGCGGCGCGCGCCGCGCGCGCCGUGACGCACCAGGCCGCCUACGAGGAGCACGAGCGCCUGAAACGCGAGGAGAAGCAGGCGGAAGAGCAGCGCAGGGAGUUGAUGCGCCAGCAAUACCGCGUCGCGCGGCUCCACUACAAUCGUGCUUUGCUGGUGUGGCGCUUGAAGGCGUGGGUGACCUUCGUCGAGACGGCGCGAUCCGACUGGACGAAGGCGCGCAAAUGGUAUGAUGACGGCCUCGCCCAAAAGAUCUUUGAUCAGUGGACGCGGUGGCGCGUCCUGCGGCGCGAGGCGACUCUAAAAAGGCAGCAGAAGAUCCUGGCGGACGCGGCGCGGCUCACUGAAAAGGCGGCCGUCCGGCGGCCCUUUGCGACGUGGGUCGCGCGCACGAACGACGUGUUGAGGAGAGCCGCGGACGUCGUCUCCCUAAAGAGACGGAAGACGCUCCAGGGCCGCCUCGUCGCCUGGCGGUUGAGAGCGGCCCGCGAGAAGCUCCGCUGGCAACACGCGGAUGUGCGCGCGGACCGGAUCUACAACAGGGCGAUGCUCGUGAAGCUCGUCAGGAACUGGCGCGUGGCCGUCGACGCGUUUAAGCGCGACGCGGCGAUCGCGGCGAGGGUCGCCGCGAAGCGUGCGGAAGUGAAGGGCUGGCUUGCGGGCGGCGACCUUGGGGCGUCUUUAGAUGGCUCCCUGUCGGAGUCGCUCAAGUUUCUCACAUGA